CAUUCUCGCAUCGCUGCCAACAACGUUUCCGUUGUUUCAUUGUUCCUCCUCUCAACAAACCCCUCCCUGCCGGAUCGCACAGUGCCUCAUCCCACUGGGAUCGUUCCCGGUCGGGCCUCUUCACCUUCAUCGUCCUGCCUUUUCGUAUCCUCCUGCCCAGGUAGACAAUCUCGGCGCCACUCGCGAAGAUGGCGUUUCAUCAGCAGACGCGCCCGGCCUUACAGAGGGGUUACCGGCCGUCUGCGGUCCAGGACGAAACUGUCGUCCCGACUCAGGCUACUCCCAACACCAUCGAGGAGUCGCAGACCUGGGUCCUCUUUUCGCCACCGACCGAGACCGGCACUACAUCGUCCUAUCUCACUGGUACUCACGCAAGUAAUAUCACACCUGGCCGCUCGCGACUGAGCGAUCUAGGUAGCCUUCGUACUUUCUCACAGGCAGAUACGCAAGAUCCCUCCGCUAGCCUGGUCGACCAUCUGGAUGUAGAGGAGGAGGACGAUGGCGAGCUUGACAGCCUGGACAGUCACCUACCAGAAUUCCGUUCCACACCAGACCUCUUUAGCUCAUCACAGGCACACCUCGCCCCUACUCCUGUCGUUCCUGCCCACGAUGGCCUCGGAUCGUUUCGACUGGAUCAGGACUUUAUCAGCCCCGAGAUCCAAGAUCGACUCUAUGCAUUUGAGCAAUACAACCCCCGACGCAUACGCAGGCGGCGUGAGAGCCUUGAGCAGGCGCAGCUCCAGAGUGGACUGGAAGCCGAGCAAGCUGCCGAAGUCGAGAAGAUACGUCGGAUAGAGUCAUGGCGUUUAGAGCAGAGCCGGCUUCUGCUCGACGAGGUCCAAAAGGAGACACGGAGGCGGCGGCGGUCAAGUGAAGCGGCGGCAAGGACAUGGCCAAAAUCGAAGACUCGAGCCGAAGAGAUUGCCGCAUUCGAAGCGCUGGGCGACCUGACAGACGAUGCUAUUGACAACGGCGAUGACUGGCACGAGCAGACUUCUCCUGACCAAGACGCAGGGCCGGAGAGCGUCUGGGGUCGCAUCACGCGCAAGGUCAUUCGUGACAUUCUGGGCAUUGAUGACAAGAUGCUGUCUGUGCUCAUGGGCGAGACCUUGGCAGAUGACGAAGAUCUAAGCUCAACACCACGAGCAUCAGCUCUGGCGGCAGGCACGCCUAGCGCGGCUGAACGGCCUGCCGAAAGUCUGCUGGCGCAGAUGAACUGGCAGGAUCGAGCUCUAGAGCGCAUAGCCAGAGAGCUCGGCUUGCUUGUGCAUCAACUGUCCGAGCACCCAGGCGCGUUUUCGACAUUCUCUCGCGUGCAGCACAUUCCCAUCCCGUAUGCCGGUUUGCCGGCGAUACCCGAACGCGUGCUGACCCCGGAGCCCGUUAUGAACGUUCCGGCUGACGCUUCCAUUGCAAUGCCUGAGUUCAAACCAACUAUUGGCAAUCAAACCCAGCCGAUCAAUGUGCCUGCGAGCCGAAUCGCGCCUCACACCAUCCCGCAGAACUCGAACGAGAACAGUGGUGCCGCCUUCACCCAAGAGGAGUGGGAGAAGGACCUGGACAUUCGGCUUGUAUUCCGAUAUCUGCGGUCCAGGUUCAUGUCGCGCUCGAGCGGAAACAACGGUUUAUCUGGCAGCUCGACCCUGAGCACAUCGAGCUCGCAAGAUAAUGCGGCCAAAGCUGCCAGAGUCCGACAGCAUCAUCCGCUAGUGUCACGAGCACGGCCCGCUGAGAGACGGACCUUCAAGGCGGCAGGACCCGCCAGCCCAGUCCUCUUUCGCCCCGCGUCCAGCUGUGCUAGCCAGAGCACGCGCAGAUCGGUGAGACGAGGUAGUGGUUCGUCUUCACGCCACUACUGGGAUAUCGGUGGCUCAGUUGGCACGAGAAGUUCCAUCGUAGCCCCCACGGGGCCGAUGGGCAGCUGGGGUGAAGUCUAGAAGGAAUUCGCUCAGCUACAACCUCAGCGGCCGAGGCUGGCUCGAUUUGACAGUGUACAUUACGCCGAGCACAUGCAGAUACCUCCAAGUCAUCUGGUGUGGCGGCAUCAUAUUUCGGGAUCUGGGAUUGAUUUCACUAUACACGGCGUUGUAAUGGGAGCGUAAAGGGGUGGACAUGAAGGGAUGAUAUACGCAGAGACAUUAACAUUUACACACAUAUCAUUGCGAGCAUACUGGCAUGGAGCAUUACCAACAAUUAUCAUUCAUUAAUAGGCCAACGGGAAGCAAAUAACAC